ACACAUUGAAUUCAAAAUGAAUUUUGCUACCAUUACCGCUUUAUUAACUUUCCUCAUCCUUAUGGGCCAUAGUUGCGUUGAGGCUCAGCGCUGUCAAACGGUUUGCCCGGAAAAUUAUGAUCCCGUUUGUGGUUCCUUGAGACUGAGAAAUGGCGCAACAAUCCAAUGCACCUUUUCAAAUCAAUGUAAAUUGAAUGCUCGCCGUUGCGUCCGCAGAGAAUCUUGGGGAGCCCUACUUGGAAAGUGUCAGUGGCAAUCAGCACAAUGUAACAAUUUUACAGGUUGAUAUGCUGUGGUAAAAUCAUUUCUCUAAGCUCGGAUGCCCCUCUUGGAAGAUUACGAACGGAUUCUGCUGAAUGCAGACGAUUUUUAA